GACCGGGAAGAGUGCCUGUCCAAGUUGCAGCGUCACGACUACCCCCAGAUUGUCGGGUGUGGUGUUUUCGAUGGUCACGGAGGACCUGAAGCAGCUGAGCACUGCUCAAACCUGGCACCUUUUCUCCUCAGUCGUUAUUUGCAACAGCGCUUCCUCGAGACAUCGGUUCUUCGUCGCUCCUCCGAAACUAUCCCUGACAUCCUUACAAGAGUCAUUCACGAACUUAACUUCUCAGUUACCGAAUGUCAUCGGCAAAAGGUGAGUCCUACCUUUCCUCCCGUUGGUCCUUAA